AUAUUUAUUGUUUAAACUGCUGGGUUUAAUAACAUUGCAGCUUCUGAAACUCCAUGCCUAUUAAGGAAUAUGAAUUAUUUUAUUAGGUGUCACUAAAUCAGCCAAGUAUCUUUUAUCACAUUUUUUAAAUAGAUGAGAUUGGUAUCAAUUGAUGUGAAUGAGCCAAUCCUGUCUGAACCCAUUCAAGAAAUAGGACGGUGAAAAAGGAGGCGGGAGUGUUGGAAUUCAAACCAAUCACCCUAAGCAUGUCUCUUCCGAUUGGAUAGGCAAGUAGGCCAUCAAGGCGGUGACGUAUUACCGCGGCCUUCCAAUGAAAAACUCCGAGGGAAGCUUCAAACGACGGGAACAAGAUGGCGGCGCCGUGUUGACUUCGUGGCUUUGGAAACUCUGGCUAUUGACCACCGACCGAGAUGAGUUCGCUACGGCGGGCCGGGACGCGCUAACGCGACCGCUGUCGCCCGCCUCACGGCCGCCUCAGCAUACCGACCGUCCUGCUCCGCCGCCUCCGGGAGGCGAUGUAAGACGCCGCUCUGCCCGCUGGGGAAGAAGUGCGCAUGCGUGGCCGCGACUGGCCGGCACAGGUGUGCCCCUCCCUUUCCCGCGGCCGCCCCCUAGCGGCGCCAUGAAGCACAGCGCUUUGCAGCUGGCUGCGAGGCUCUGUCGGGCUCUGCGGGGCCAGGACGACGCGAUGGUGGCUGCCCUGCUCUUGGAGGGAGCCGACCCCAACCUGGUCCUGCCGGAGGGAGUGGCCCCCAUGCACCUGGCUGCCGGCCUGGAGCAGCAGAACGGGAUACGUCGCCUUCGCCUUCUCCUUCAGCAUGGGGGAGACCCCAACGCCAGAUCUGCGGAAGGCCUCACCCCCCUACACGUUGCCGCCUCCUGGGGAUGCACCGCCUGCUUGAGGCUCCUGCUGACGGAGGGUGGCGACCCUCACCUCGAAGACCAGGAUGGGAACACCGCCUUCGACCUGGCUGUGGAACAGGGGAACGAAACAUGUGUCAACAUCCUGCAGGACGGAGGGUGGAACAGCGGCUUCCCUCAGCGGAGAGCAGAAAGCUUCCUGACCACCAUAAUGGAAGAUGCUGGGCAAGCUGGGCCGGGCAACUCUCUCUCUUAUCCAUCUGAUAGACUGUCACUGUCCUCCCUGAAGGAGGCUCGUCAGUACACGGGGCCACCUGGGACCUUCCCUCAGCCUGGGGGAGCUGCUCCAAACGGUGCCCCCGGGCCUUGCACCCAGGAUCGGUCGGCCUCUUCCUUUCUCACCGAGUGCUCCUGGCAGGGCGACACGAUUUUGGAUCUCUCUGAAUUGACCAUCCGGACAGCGGACUCCCCCGAUGCCUUCCUGCCCCCCAGAAAGCUAGCCUCCAGUUGUGCCGAUGUACAGACUUGCUGGGAUAGCCAGGUGGGGCGCUCUCCGUCGGACGCUGGUGUGAAGCAGUCUUGGGACAUCUGGGCCUCUGCAGAGGAAGGGUGUAGCUCACCCCCGGGCCCAGACACGACUCUGGGGGGUCCCCUCUCUUUAGUGGGCUCCGAGGCUCUCUCGUUCAGACCGGACAUGGUACGCGCUGCAGAAUCCCCACAGAAGACUCUUCCCUUUGCCAGCCUCCGGUCUAAGCCAGAAGCAGCCCGACUCCAUCCCCCACGGGAUGCCAACCCCUGUGGCCUUUCUCAGGUGUGUGUCUCCCUUGAUCCCGGCCUCUCGGUGAGGCUCCCAAGCCAGGAUGGGCUGGACGUCACCUGCCUUGAUCACCUGGCUGAGUCCACAGCCGUCUCAGACUUGGGAAAGACCGUGGCUGGCCCGGCCUCCGUCCUGGGGGUCAGCGGGACUCUGGACGGAUGCUUGGCGGGAGGAAGGUCUCUGGGCAGGUGCUCAGCCACCAGCACUGACCGGUAUCUUUCGUGCAUUAGUGAAUGUUACGCAAGUGCUGUGGAAGGGCCAGGAUACGGCUACCUUCAUGGGUGGGAAGGUGGGAAGGCUGCCCCUAGCGGCCCUGCAGGCGGCUGCAACACCAGCAAUGAAGGGUCGUGUUGUGGGCCUCCAGCCCGCAUGGGGAGGGGUCUCCAUGGCCAGAGGACUCUCCCCACCAGAGGGGCUGCCCGGAUCUUUCCCGGGAGUCAAGAUUUGGCUCUGCCCCACAGUAAGAGCACGUGGGAGGUUUCACAGAGGAGGGAAAGGUCCAUGAUAGGCCCUCCAGAGAAUGAGGCUCCUUGGGAAGGGUCUGCGUGGGGCACUCAGGGACCCACUGAGACUCGGGGGCUGCCUGUGGGACACCAGGGGUCGGCCCUCUCUGGAGCAAGGGAAGAGAUGGCAGAGGCAGGCAUGACAGGGCCUCGGCCAAGGUUGGCACUCCCCACAAGCCCCUGGCAGGCAGGAGAGGGGCAACCCAGCUCGCCCACUCAAGACACCAUCCCUGUCCAGUGGACGUCGGAAGGGAGGAAUUGUUUCCGUGGCUGCGAAGGUCCGCUUGGGCCGAGCAGCACUGUGGGUGGCACAGAGGUGGCCCCGGGUCCACUUGCCAGCAUUGGAGAAGAGCCCCUCAGCACUCUGGAUGCCCAGCUGCGGUCAAUGAUGCUGGCCACCAGGGUCACCCACUCCCCCCUCCUCCCCUCGAACCAGAAGUGCUCCCCUGCACCCCCCUGGCCCCAAAGGCCCCUGGUUGGGGCCCUUCCCCAGCAGAGCCUCAGCACCGCCUCUCUUUUCGAGGAGCCCCUGGAGAUGCCGAGGCGCCCCAGGAGAGUCAGGAGGGGCCCCGGACCGGCCUCAACCCAAAGGGCUGCUGGUCUCGGCUGCUCUCCUCCCCCGGCCAGAGAAGCAGAGGAGGUGGGGGAGGGCACAGCCGUCUCGGCUGUUCCCAGCUGCAGGAAGACGCCCUCGAACCCAGGACCUGGUUCUUGGGGCUGCUUCCUUGCCAGCUCCAGGGGAGAUGUGGGCAGAGGGGAAGAGUCGGCGGCAGGAAAGCCCUCUGGUGCAAGGGAAGAGAUGGCAGAGGCAGGCAUGACAGGGCGGCCAAGGUUGGCUCUCCCCACAAGCCCCCGGCAGGCAGGAGAGGGGCAACCCAGCUCGCCCACUCAAGACACCAUCCCUGUCCAGUGGACGUCGGAAGGGAGGAAUUGUUUCCGUGGCUGCGAAGGUCCGCUUGGGCCGAGCAGCACUGUGGGUGGCACAGAGGUGGCCCCGGGUCCACUUGCCAGCAUUGGAGAAGAGCCCCUCAGCACUCUGGAUGCCCAGCUGCGGUCAUUGAUGCUGGCCACCAGGGUCGCCCACUCCCCCCUCCUCCCCUCGAACCGGAAGUGCUCCCCUGCACCCCCCUGGCCCCAAAGGCCCCUGGUUGGGGCCCUUCCCCAGCAGAGCCUCAGCACCGCCUCUCUUUUCGAGGAGCCCCUGGAGAUGCCGAGGCGCCCCAGGAGAGUCAGGAGGGGCCCCGGACCGGCCUCAACCCAAAGGGCUGCUGGUCUCGGCUGCUCUCCUCCCCCGGCCAGAGAAGCAGAGGAGGUGGGGGAGGGCACAGCCGUCUCGGCUGUUCCCAGCUGCAGGAAGACGCCCUCGAACCCAGGACCUGGUUCUUGGGGCUGCUUCCUUGCCAGCUCCAGGGGAGACGUGGGCAGAGGGGAAGAGUCGGCGGCAGGAAAGCCCUCUGCGGGAGACACUGCUCAGGGCUACCCAGAGGUUGGGCAUCUGGAGAGCUUGGGGGCCCGAGGGUCUCUGGGCAAGCGAGCGGAGAAGACCUCCAGGGUCAGUUUCAGCCGGCUGUCUGGGAGGGGCCCGUCUGCCACUUCUCCCCCAGGAAGGUUGAGCCCCAUUCGCCAGGAGGUGCCACUGUCGCCGGGGGGCCGGCCUGCAAACCUGAGCGCCACGGAGCCCGUGGAAUACUUGUACAUGGACGAGGAAAAGGGGCAGAGCCUCAUCGAGCGGCACCUGCCCCCCACGGACGACUCCGGGGCCAGCACCUCCGAAGACACCCUCGUUUACGACUGGCGGGCGUGUGCCAGGGCAGCGGCAGGCAGGCAGGGCAACGGGGAAUGCGCCCCCUUGAACCCAGAAUACCUGACCGACAAAGCUCUGACGCGGAAGCUGCGCGAGUUGGGGGCCAACCCAGGGCCGGUGACGCCCCUCACUCGGAGGCUGUAUGUGCGGCUCUUGGAGAGGCUGAGCAGGGAUCCCGAGACCCCAACCCGGAAGGGCUCUGCAGUCUAUAGCCCAGAACUGGCUUCUGCCCUGGACACCUACCGGAUCCCCACCUCCAAAGCUGAUGAAGGGGCUCUGGCCGCAGAGUUUGACCGGCCGGACAAGAGCCGGAGGUGGCGGGAGGGGCUGCAGAAGUCCAGCUUCAACUACCUGCUGCUGGACCCCAGGGUGACCCAGAACCUGCCCGCCCGCUGCCAGCUUCUCAGCCCGGCUGAGGCCUUCCAGACUUUCAUCCGUGCCAUCUUCUAUGUGGGCAAGGGGACCCGCAGCCGGCCCUACCGCCACCUCUACGAAGCCUUGACCCACUACCGGGAGGGCCAGGGGACGCCAGCAGGCCCACAGGUCUCCUCCAAAGUCCGGCACACCCUGGAGAUUUGGGCUGGGGGACGGGGGGUCGUCUCCAUGCACUGCUUCCAGAACGUGGUUCCGGUGGAGGCUUACACCCGCGAGGCCUGCAUGGUGGAUGCCAUCGGACUGAAGAUGCUGACCAAUCAGAAGAAGGGGAACUAUUACGGCCUGGUGGCCGGCUGGCCCAUGAAACGCCGGCGGAGUCUGGGGGUCUUUCUCCUGCACCGAGCUCUGCAGAUCUUCCUGGCCGAGGGCGAGAGGCAGCUGCGGCCGGCUGAUAUCUGAACUGGCCCUUGACCGGGGCAGGGGGGUGGGUGCUCUUCCCUCCAAGCAGAACCUCUGGGCCUGGAGCUCAUCCGAGGGGUUUGGCCCAAUCCCCCGUUCACACAACCGAGGGUCCAGAUUCUGGAAUCGCUCAUCACGAGCUCCUGCGCUGGACGCUGAGUGGAGAUGGAACGCUGCACCCGGAUUCCGAAGCGAUUUUGAGGGGCGGGUUGCCCACAGGAGCUCUGCUGCUUGCUGGUGCUGGCCUGCCUGGUGGGUGGGGGUCCCGGUUGCAUCCAGUCACAUUGUGGGAGAGGGUCACAGAGCGAAGCAGUGGUGGGGCUGAGGAACUCCGAGAUCCUUCCCAAGCAUGGGGGAAACAGACAUGGGGGACCCCGGGGUGUGUGUGUGUGUCUUCCUGCACCCUCCUCUGGGAACCAAGGGGGCCUCUUCCUCCUUUUGUGCAGGUGGGCCCGAGGGACUUUUUAUGGGUGGCAGUGGGGGCUUUUUAAAAAAUUCUGGGGCUGCAUUAUGUCUUUAAAGAUUUUUCUGCUUACCCCUCAUCUGAGAUUGGGGGCAUUAAACGUGAUGAGCGCUGGAUUCUCUCCUGGGUCCUUUUUGAAGUGGGGGAGGGGGUGUAAUUGAGGAGGGGAGGACCAGGAACCUCGGGGCCUUCCGUCUUUCUUUACAGAUGGUCCUCGACAUAUGACCAAUCACUUAGUGACUGUUAGAGGUUCUGAUGAGCUUUAAUUUAUCCUCCGUCUCAGACUAAAUACUUAUUUAUUAAAUGUAUUUGCUGCUCGUCUUGUUUCUGGGCGAUUCUGGGUGCUGUAUUGCGGAUAAUGGACUCGCUUAAUGACGGUCAUUUUCACUUUGCAGCUGCCACGUUUACUUUACGAUCGCUGCAAAAACUCGUAAAAUUGAGUCUGUCACAUGGGUGCCUUGACAGACGACAGAAACCCCAGGGUCCAUUAUGGUCAUAAUUUGAGGACUAGCAAAGUCUCUUCUUGAAAAACCUCCAGUGUUGGAGCACCCACAGUUUCUGGUGGCAAGCAGUUCCACUGGUUAAUUGUUCUCACAGUCAGGAAGUUUCUCCUUAGUUCCAGGUUGCUUCUCUCCUGGAUGAGUUUCCAUCCGUUGCUCCUUGUUCUACCCUCAGGGGCUUUGGAGAAUAAGUUGAAACCCCCCCCCUCUUCUUUGGGGCAGCUCCUCAAAUAUUAAAAGAGUGCCAAUCAGAAGAUGCUGACCAAUCAGAAGAAGGGGAACCCCCCGCCUCCCCCCCCCCGUCCUUCUUUUCUCUUGCCAAACCCAAAUCCUGCAACUGUUCUUCCUCUGUUUUUGUCUUCUGGCCUUUAAUCGUCCUAGUUGCUCUUCUCUGCACUUUUUGCAAGGAGAGCGACUGUUCAGCUCUUGAGCCAUCUGUUGGGUGUCUUGAAUGUUCUCCCCGAGACAGAGGGACAAGGCCACCCUGCCACCUUUCAUGGCUGACUGCCAUUUGGGUCCUUGGAGCUGCCCCAUUGGAUGGGAAGGGGGCAGCCACCAAGAUGGCCAUGCCAGCAUUCCUUUUUUUGGGGGGGGGGUGUCUCCUGGGGAACGACCAGUUCAGAGCCAACCUGAUGCCAGGCACAGAAGAUCGCCCUGCAAGGGGGAGAGGGCACCACCUGGUGUCCCUCAGCCAGUCAGUCUCAAUGGGUAAACUCAAAAGAGAAGGAAGCCCACCUCUCCAGGACACGAGACCCUUUAUUUAGGACUUGGGCAAAAUGACACAGCGCCGGCUGGGGCUUCUUCCCAGGGAGGGAGGUUCAAUUGACAGCCAUCAAAAAGUCCCUGCUUACGAUUCCAAAUGGAUGGAUGUCCUUUAAGAAGUGGGUUCGAGCCCUUCCCACGUCCAGCUGUCAGUCAGAGCUGGAAUUUGAACACAUUUCUGCAGAAAAGGUGUGUGGGUGUAUAUUGGGGUGGGUGGGUGGAGAGAUGCAUUUCGUAACUUCAGUGAUGUUUCUCAACCUCUGCAGCUUUAAGAGGGAGGGACUACCAGAACUCCCCAUGCUGGCUGGAAUUCUGGGAAUUGAAAUCCACCCCUCUUGCAGGUUCAAUUAUUCCUUGAAACUUGAUUCGACAUUUUCUCCUGCUGGGAGCAAUGAAAGUUUGCUAGCCAAAUACUUCAGAAUUAUUAUUUUUGGCUUCACUUUCCUCAACAGACCAAGUAACUUCUCAGGAAAGGAAACUCAAGGGGGUUGUAUGGGUGAAAAUGCACACAUCUAUCGGUAACAGUGUGGACGUGUGCAUGCAAGCAGAGUAAGAAGCUUUGACUGGGUCCAAUUUGGGGGACUCGGCCACGUGGCUC